GCGUUCGGUGGAACCUAGUUAUUGGGUUCCUCAAACCCAGCAAAUCUGGGUUCUAGGUUCAAUGGAACCUAGUGUUUGGUUCCUCGAACCAAGCAAAUCUGGGUGGGAGGGAACCCAACUUGGGUUCCACUGAACCAAACAGAUCUGGGUUCGAUGGAACCCAGUUUGCUGGGUUCCAUCGAACUCAAUCUAGGUUCCCUUGAACCUAGAUUAGUUGCGUUUGAGGGAACCCAACAACACAAAGGAGGAAGAGGAAGAAAGAAGAGGAAGAAAGAAAGGAAGAAGAUGGAUUGAAAGAGGGGAAGAAGAUGGAUCAAGAAAGGGAGAUAGGGGUAUUAAGGUAAAUUUGUAGUUUUUAUUUUUUAUUAAAAAUAUAAAUACUAAUCUAAUUU